GUCCUCUCCGUCCUCCGCUCCCUACAGAACACCUCUCUCGCCGGUCCCUUCUUCCUCCUCGCCUCCUCCGCCUCCUCUCCCCACUCACUGCCCCCCGAAGCGUAUAACGCCGUCCUCCCAUUCCUCUCCCACGACCUAGCGGCUCUCGACAAGGUCCUGGAAGAGAUGUCCCUCCUGGGCUACGGCCUUCCCAACCCUGCCUGCGCCACUCUAGUCUCCACCCUCGUCCGCUCCCGCCGCCUCGUCGACGCCUUCCAUGCCAUUGGCAUCAUGCGGCGGCUCAAGUUCAGGCCGGCGUUAUCUGCGUACACCGUGCUGAUUGGUGCUCUGGCUGAGGCGCGGCAGCCCGAGCGUGCGCUGGAACUGCUGCGGCAGAUGCAAGAGGUCGGGUAUGAGGUGGGCGUGCCUCUUUUCACGACGUUGGUGCGGACCCUGGCCCGCGAGGGAAGAGUGGAGGGCGCGUUGAUGCUGGUGGACGAGGUGAAGGGGAGAUGCCUUGAGCCAGAUAUUGUGUUGUACAAUGUGUGUAUUGAUUGUUUUGGAAAGGCUGGGAAUGUGGACAUGGCCUGGAAGUUCUUUCAUGAGCUGAGAGCCCAGGGUCUGCAGCCAGAUGAUGUAUCAUACACAAGCAUGAUCUGGGUGCUUUGCAAGGCAGGGAGACUAGGUGAGGCAGAGGAGUUAUUUGGGCAGAUGGAAGUGGAAAGGGCUGUGCCUUGUGCUUACGCAUAUAAUACUAUGAUCAUGGGAUAUGGGUCAGCUGACCGGUUUGAUAAUGCUUACAAGCUGCUUGAGCGCUUGAGGGAGAGGGGUUGUAUUCCAUCUGUCAUUUCAUUUAAUUCAAUUAUCACGUGCCUCGGGAAGAAGAGGAGGGUUGAUGAGGCACUGAGAUUGCUUGAUGUCAUGAAGAAGGAUGCUAAGCCAAAUACCUCAACGUAUAACAUCAUUAUUGAUAUGUUGUGCAUGGCUGGGAGGGUUAAUGAAGCAUAUAAGAUACGUGAUGAAAUGGAACUUGAUGGCCUAUAUCCAAACUUAAUGACAGUUAACAUAAUGGUGGAUAGGCUGUGCAAGGCAAAGCUGCUCGAUGAGGCCCAUAAAAUAUUUGAAAGUGCGAGUCAGAGAGGUUGCAAUCCUGAUUCUGUGACGUACUGUUCCCUUAUGGAUGGCCUUGGAAAGAAGGGAAAGAUUGAUGAGGCCUAUAGGCUAUUCGAGAAAAUGUUGGAUGCAGGCCACAAUGGUAAUCCUGUGUUAUAUACUUCCUUGAUCAGGAAUUGCUUUCUGCAUGGAAGGAAAGAAGAUGGGCACAAGAUCUUCAAAGAGAUGAUCCGUCGAGGAUGCAAGCCUGAUCUCAUCCUACUUAACACAUAUAUGGAUUGUGUUUUCAAAGCAGGUGAGAUUGAAAAGGGAAGAGCAAUUUUUGAGGACAUCAAGAGUUAUGGGUUUCUUCCUGAUGUUCGAAGUUACUCCAUUUUGAUUCAUGGUGUCACAAAAGCUGGUCAGGCUAGAGAAACGUCCAGUAUUUUUCACGCAAUGAGUCAGCAAGGUUUUGCACUUGAUGCUCGGGCUUACAAUGCUGUUAUUGAUGGGUUAUGCAAAUCUGGAAAGGUAGACAGGGCCUAUGAAGUUCUCGAGGAGAUGAAGCUAAAACAUAUCUCUCCAACGGUUGCUACAUAUGGAUCGAUUAUUGAUGGUCUGGCCAAGAUUGAUAGGUUAGAUGAGGCUUACAUGCUUUCUGAAGAAGCGAAAUCGAAAGGAAUAGAAUUGAAUAUUAUUCUGUAUAGUUCUCUCAUAGAUGGCUUUGGGAAGGCUGGCAGGAUAGAUGAAGCUUAUUUAAUUUUAGAAGAGAUGCUGAAGAAGGGUCUGACUCCAAAUGCUUAUACAUGGAAUAGUCUCAUGGAUGCUUUAGUGAAAGCUGAAGAAAUCAACGAGGCCCUUAUUUGUUUCCAGUCAAUGAAGGAAAUGAAAUGUCCACCAAAUACCUAUACAUACAGCAUUCUUAUAAAUGGCCUUUGCCGGGUACAGAAGUACAACAAGGCUUUUGUGUUCUGGCAAGAAAUGCAAAAACAAGGUUUGAUCCCAAACGUUGUCACUUACACAACCAUGAUCUCCGGGCUUGCAAAGUGAGGGAACAUAACAGAUGCUUACAACCUAUUUGUGGGGUUCAAAACCAAUGGCGGAGUGCCUGACUCUGCAUGUUUCAAUGCUCUCAUAGAGGGUAUGAGCAAUGCAAACAGAGCAAUGGAGGCGUAUCACAUUUUUGAAGAAACUCGUCUAAGGGCAUGUAGAGUCAAUGUGACGACAUGCGUCAGUCUUUUAGACGCUUUGAACAAGUCUGAAUGUCUCGAGCAAGCUGCGGUCGUUGGUGCAGUUCUGAGUGAGAUUUCCAAAUCCCAGCAUGCUUCUAGAUCCUUGUAAUAUUCAGGAUCUUGUAUUGUGACACACUGUUGCAGAAUUUGCAUCUCUGCUGUGACUGAGUUGAUCUGGCUGUACUGUUUGUGCUUCUUGGUCACUUGAUAUGGGAGUUUUUAUGUGGCUUAUAAUAUAUUUUUUAAAUGGCUGAAAUUGAAUGCAUGCCUGCUGUGCUGCUGUUUGGAGAGAAGACAUUCUUCUGUAGUUCCCUUGAUUCUGGGUGACCUACUGACCUUUGCUGGGAUUUUCCUGUGUUUGUUUGGCGGAGCAGCUGAUUAAUAGCUAUUCAGAGGAAGUAAUCGAUAGGUAGAGGCGUUUUGAUUCCUGUUUCUUCAGCUGGCGAUGGUUCCGUACUCGGAGGGGUGGAGAUUGAGGUUGCGGUUGUCCAGCAAGGAGCAAGCAUAAGAGGCUUUUCUUUGGGUGUGCAUUUCGGCUGGCUCACGAUGCCCCUUAGAAGAGGUUGGUUGCUUUCUGUUAGGAAUUAAUUAGCACAUGCCUAUUGUUGCUAAUUAACGAACAGUUAUUAGCAAAAGGUGUGUCCAAUCCCGAACAGUAUGUCCUUUUCUCUCUCUAAUGCCAACAGGCACCUGUUCUGGAGAGAUGAUGCCUUCAAACAGGCACCUCUUCUUCCCAUCUCUUUCAGAUGUAUAUAUACUUGAGAUUCAAUAUAAACCAGGACUAGUCACUUUUAUUCAA